AUGUCACAGCUCACGGACUUGAACAGUCAAGAUCGACCUUCAACAUCGGCAACGCCACCAGCCGAUGCAUCCUUGGUACCUCCCAUCGUCGUCAAGGAGGCUGGACUCGAGUUGAUCAAGCAGCUGAUCGCGAAGGUUGACGUCGAGAUGGCGAAUGUUGCCCAGAAAAUUGCCCAAGUAAAAAGCGCGCGCAAGCUCGCCGACACUCGCCACGAGCUUAAAUCGGCCCGGCUGCAAGUGACGCUCUUUUUGCCGCCAUAUUUCCGGAAUCGAAGGAGAUUUGCUCCACCAAUGAACCGAGAAGCCCUGGAAAAGCGGCAGAACAACGCUUUUGAUCCGCUUGUGAGGCCGCAAAGACCAUGGGGCGAUAAAGAAAUUAAAAUGCUGAAGGACGCCGUGAAAAACGAGCUCGUCGAGCAUCAACUAUUGGAGCAUACGCGCUACGUCGAGCUCCUCACCGCCAAGAUCAAAGCAGCUGGAGUCGAGACGGGUGAAGAAGAAGUGGCUGAAUGGCGGCUUGAACGAGAUAAGCGCUUGGGCAUUAUCGAAUACACAAAAACAAACGGUCCGACGAUUACACUUCCCGCCGAACACAUCAAAUGGGAUAGAAUUGCCACCCGAGCGUUCAAAGGCAAUCGCACGGCCGACGAAUGCCGUCGCGAAUGGAUCAACGUCAUCGACCCGAAAGUGAAUACCAAGAAAUGGGACGACACGGAGUUAAAGAAAUUGAGUGAACUUACCAAGGGUCGCGAAGGCUUCAUCAAUUGGCUGCUGAUCACCGAGCAGUUGGGCACCAAUCGGCGCCCAUUUGACGUUUUUCAAAAGUACCAAUCCGAGCUGGCGAAUCGGGUGGGGAGGCCUUGGACGGCUGAGGAGGACGAAAAGCUGCUGGGGAUCAUCGAGUUGGUGCGCUGCGGGUCGAACAUUCCUUGGGAUAAAGUCGCCCACUUCAUGCCUGGACGUAACAUUCGGGAGCUGAAGAAUCAUUCGAGACAAAUCGACGUUGAGGUGAAGCAUGGCCGAUGGACGGACGAUGAGGAUUUGAUUCUGCUAUGCGCCGUCGAGAAAUACGGACACCACAGCUGGCCCAAAGUGGCUACGAUGACGCCGACGCGUGGCGCUCAACAGUGUCGGCAACGCUGGAAGCACCUCAGCCUCAAACACACACCCGGCUACUUUGCCACCAACUGGAAGAUGAUUGAGGACGAGAAGCUCGUAGCUGGCAUCGAAUUCUUCGGAAAGGGAAAAUGGAAGGAAAUUUGCUACACCCUGCUACCAGAUCGAACUCCAGAUUCUUGUCGUAUGCGCUACUGUUCGCUUCAAACGACGAAAAUUCGUCUGGCCGCAAAUCAACCUGAAUUGGUGCGUGCGGCGCACAACAGUGCUGUUGGUCGAGCCCUCGGUGCAUCAUCGAAGGUGGAAAAGCUCUACGACCGCUUAGAUGAGCUGUCGGGAAACAAUCCGCAGGUCAUGGAGUCGGCGAGAAACCGUGGCCUCGAAUAUCUGGCAAAGAAACGAGAGAACUGCAAGAAGUCGAUGGACGCGGAAACUCUGGCCAAAUUGGAGGCGCUGCAAAAGGAAAUUGACGAGAAAUAUGCGAAUGAUGAAAUAGCCGAUAACCCAGAGCUCUCUGCCCGCACGGCUGCCGCGAUUCUGGAGCGGAUUACGUUGACCGACGAGGACAUGGCCUUGUGGGAGCAAAACAAGGAGAGACGCCGAGACGCUGAUCGCCGCAGACCAAAGACCCAGAAAUUGCGCGGGAAGGCCGAAGGUGUAACCAGCCGCACGAGGCGUCUUCGUACCCCAUUGAAACUAGGCCCCUUUGAGAGGAACAUUAACAUCGCGAAAGUCAGGAAUGAUCCGGACAAACUGCGUGCAGCGCUAUAUGAAUCACUUGCCCAGUACAUCCGCCGCUCCGACAAGUACUUUUUCCAUAAGGCGAUCGCCGGGAGCGAGGACUUACAGCGGGCGAUGCGCGCGGGAUUUUCAGCGGCGAUGAGCAAUCUGCUGCCGCGUGACGCUGAUGCUCCAGAGGAGCUGCGUGCGCCAAACUAUGCCACUUUCAGUCUACUCGGCAAGCUCGAGGCUGAACGUGCUGACCUCUUCGCAAAGGCCAGCCAAAAUUUCCCGAUCGCCAAACCUCUGACUUCAGUGCCAAAAAAAUUCAUGCGCAACCUGAUGCAAAGGACGUACGAUGCGGACACGGCGCUUUGGCGAGACGAGGACGAGGGAAAGUGGCGCGAGUCCAGCGCUCUGGCAGGAGCGAAUGGCGCUACGGCAGAUGCGCCUACCGAUGCACCGACAUCUUCAAAUAACACCAACGAUCAAACGGAUGAAGCUCCCGGGCCGUCACUGCUCAAUAAGGUAUCGGCGGCCAUCCACUGCCUCCCUUCUACCUCCUCCUCCUCAUCUUCAACUGGAAUGUUGCCCUCACGAGGGACGGCUAUUGAGCGCAGGGAUCGCCUCCAAAAAACGUUCAGCAAUGUGAUGGCCUCGCGUAAAUCGGACGUCUCCACCGGCUCGCGCAAGGGCAGCUCCCGGCACGGCGACGACGCCAGCUCGAUCUCAACUUCUUCUCGCAGCAUCAUCCCCAUCUCACCGGCGCCGGUGCGCGGCCUCAAACGGAUUCCCGCGCCCGCGUCAAGCCCGUUGGAGCUUUAUAAGCGUCCACGCAAGAUGGAGCCC